GUUGUUUCAGGUGGGGAGAUCCCUCCUAAAAAACUCCAGGCCUUACAGAAAGUGUUGCAGAGUGAAUUCUGUAAUGCUAUUCGAGAGGUAUGCAACAGUAAAACGUACUGAUCUAUCAGAAGAACUGAGUUAGGCGUGGUCGUGUCCUUAUCAAGCCUUACAAUGGCUCUAGAGUUUUCGCAUUGAUAUGACCAGAAGGAAAAGUGGGCUUCCUGUUGAACAUAACUGGGGCUUAAUAGCUCUCUCUCUCUCUUCCAAAGUCAACACAGAGACUUGUAUAUUGUCAUUGUGUUCACAGUCAGUGGAUGAGAUCCGAAUUUGGGACCUUUUAGAUGAAAGCUAAAAAUGGAGAAGUACUGUUCAUUGUGUGGUACAAGAUGGUUCUAACUGGAGUACUCUAGCGUAUUUGUAUCAUAUAUGCCACAAGUCAAAAUUAAAUUCAGGCAAAAAUUUUUUAACCUAGGUUGAUUCCCUAUUUCCUUUGUCCCCUAACCCAAUUAUUCAUGAAUUUUGUCACUAGGUAAAAAAAUAUUAACCUGAAAAGAAUUUUGACCUGUAACAUUUAUAAUAUUUAACAGUAAUUUAAUAGCAUUUUGUUUCCAUCACAACUUCUUAUAAAACAUCAUUGUAGUACAUAUGGCAUUCUUGUAAGUUAAAGGGUGACAUUGCAGCUGUUUCAACUCUAUUUUUUCAAUUUUUGUCAGGUUUAUGAGCAUGUCUAUGAGACUGUUGACAUCCAAGGAAAUCCGGAAGUGCGUGCCCAAGCUACGGCAAAGGUUGGCUUACUUUUUCACAUUGUACAGUCAAACCUCCACUAACGGCUCCCUCUCCACAAUGGCCACCUCUCUACAACAGCCAUUUUGUUUAAUGGACAGUCCAUAUAUUCAUUCUUGUUUCAACCUCUCUACAACGGCCACCUCUCUAGAAUGGCCACUUUCUUCUGUCCCCAAGAUGGCCGUUGUAAAGAGGUUCAGCUGCAGUCUCUGAGUUUGGUUGAGAGAGUUAAGCCAUGAUCACUCUGGCUCUAUAACUUAACGUUUCCAUGAUUUUCAUUGUCUUUUCCAGGCCACUAUUGCUGCUUUUGCCGCAAGUGAGGGUCAUGCUCACCCUCGCGUUGUAGAACUUCCCAAAGUAAGUAUCUGGGCUGAUAGUUUCUCGGUGUUUUCAUGGUGCGAUGACCAAAAUAAUGGUGUACUGUAAAUAGAAAAGACUGAAAAAAAAAAUGUACCACAUCACAAUGCAGUAGGUAACCAAUGACUAUUGUCUUGUCCAAAACACCUAAACACAUCCCUUAUCUAGAAAUUUAGAACAGUCAAACCUCUAUAAAGAAGCCUUCCUUCUAUCAAGCAGUCACUUAUCAAAUUCCUGGAAUUUUCUUUUCAUAUUCAAGGUAAGUAAGGGUAGUGCAGUGUUGAGGGCACUCCUCUCACACCAGUGGGGCCUGGGUUCAAAUCCUGGCAUUGAUGCCAUAUGCCAGUUGACACUGUUUGUUGUUGGUUCUCUCCUUUGCUCUGAGAGGUUUUUGUCUGAGUACUCUGCUUGUCUGCUUGUCCCCUCUCCUCAGAAACUAAAACUUCCAAAGUCCAAUUCGAUCUGGAAUGCACAGUCAUGUUUAAAUGAGUUCCUAAGAACUCCUAAGUUCUUCACUGGUAAACAAAUAACAAAAAAUUCUAUUCAGCAUUCACCUCCAUUGAAGGGGGUGCAGUCACCCAGUAGACUGUCCAACUGGCUUUUGCUAUACUAUAGCUGUAUUUCAUGUCUAUUAAAAUGGUAUUAGGUAGAUGGAUAGCAGUGUGAUCUUUUGACACAACAAUAAACAAAGUAUGUGUGCUUUCUUUAAAAGGCUCAUAGAACAUAAAUGUAGUCACCAAACAAAUGUUGCGUUGGGCAGAUAUGCCAAGUGUUUGGAAGUAACCCAGUUGGCAACCCAAGGGCUUAAAUUUAAGAUGUCAAUGCUAGACCAAAGUGACUGGCAAGGAAGAAUCCAUAAUUAUUGUUGGCGCUAGCGCCCAACCAAACUAUCUAUUAGUAAAUACUAGAAUGGUCAAUGACUGAUGAGUCAGUCUACUCAUUUAAUAACCAGCUUUGAUGGUACAAUGAUAAAAAUGAUCACCAUAUUAUCAUCUGAUCCAUGCAAUUUUUGCAUAGUUUCUAGUUUGACUUUUAUCAUAAAAAAAAAUUGAUAAAUUUAUUCUAAGUGGUCAAACUCUAUUAAGACGGUCACCUAGCUACAAGUACAUGUACUUUCCAAGGGUGACUGCUUAAUAGCUCAAUAGAGGUUUGACUGUAAGUAUUUCCUUUGCUAAUAAUGUUGUUUAAUACAAUCAAAUUUCUUUUAGACAGAGGAAGGUCUUGGUUUUAAUGUAAUGGGAGGCAGGGAGCAGAACUCUCCUAUUUACAUCUCUCGUAUUAUCCCUGGUGGAGUUGCAGAUAGGUAUGUAGCAACUCAGGGCUCAAAAAAUGCCACAUCUGGUUGUCUGGGACACUAAGAUUUGUUUUUGUGUGCUGAUUGGUUGAGAGCUAUGUAGGAUAAGAGUACAGACCAUGGAAAUGAUGUGAUGGUGGCGCAAUUUGUUUUUCUCUUUCUUUUGUGCGAGAUUUUUGCAGUGAACCCACUGAUUUUUGCAGUGAAGCCUGCAGUUUGUGGUUUCAGUUGGGUUUUGAACAUUUUGGCUUCAUUUCUAUGGCCGAUAAGAGUACAGACAUGGGAAAAUAAAUUAUUGACGUCAAUUUAAAAAUUUCCUGCCAGGCAAGAACUUUACAUGCUUACUUACCCAAUUGGCAAUUGCCCAGACAAUUCAUUUUUUAGGUAGUUUGUCAAAAGCAAAAAUUAAUAUGAGGCUUAUAGUCCAAAGGACAAUUAAGCUGUCGCAUGCAGGUAUUUUUCAAAACCUGCAACAGACUCAGGUUUAUAUCGUGCAAGAAAACAGGAUGAAUGACAUACAAUGUAAGUAUCAAUGGAAGAAGUUGAUUUCAUGUAGGUGAAUAACUACAAGAAUAUUUAAAGUUUUUUACAUCAUUAGAACAGCGACCAUAGGCAAAAGCAAGUUGCCCCAACUGAAAUCUGAAUUUUUGCAUUUCACUCUUCUUUGCCAGUGGAAAAUUACCCCCUGAAAAUCAAACCUCCCACGUCCAACCGUUCCCUUUUUUUCUUUGUUCGCUUGCAAUGGCAGCAGGUAUUAAUCUUUUAUGCCUUUCUUUGCAUUAGGAAUGGUGGAUUAAAACGUGGGGACCAGUUGCUCUCUGUCAAUGGAGUGGUAAGUACUUUAACCACCAAAUAUGAUAAACAAUAAUAAAAUCUUUGGAAUGAACUUGUUUGUAGCCUUACAACCUAAUUCUUCUUUCACUAAAACACAACAUAUACUAUCUUUGUUUUGUAUUUUAGAGUGUUGAGGGAGAAAAUCAUGAGAAAGCUGUUGAUCUGUUGAAAGCUGCUGAAGGUGUGGAAACUAUGAGUUUUUAAAUAAUCACAGUUUGUUGAUGUAAAAAAAACUAUUUUCUGAUGUAUGAUCUGUGAUUUGUUUAUUUGUUAGUGGUGUUACAUGUACCUUUACAUGUCAUGAUCUAUUAAAUAAGCUUGAUAAUAAAUACAAGGAGGGGGAGGGAGGGGGAAUACAUAUGUUCCUAGUCUGACUUUCAAUUAUGAUUGUUUUGGAUUUUGAGGAGUAGACCAUGUUCCUGUCAGUAUUUAACCCAUCUUUAUGUUGUUUGUCACCUUUUCCUGUAGUUUUAUGUCGCUGUUUCAAGGCCAUGUCACUUGUAGCAAUUUUACCCUAACAGGGCCUCAUAAUAAGAUGAUUUAUGGUCAUUUAUUUAAUUAUUUUUUAAAUUCUUUAGGGAGUGUUCGUUUGGUUGUCAAGUUUACUCCAAAGUGUAAGUAUAUAAUAAUAAAACUGCAAUUUUUUAAUUCUGCUAAAUUACUCUUAAGGUCUGUGCCUUCUUUUCUUCCUUAUUUCCGAAUUUCAUGUAAUUUUCUCAAUUUAUUUUUAUUUUUCGCAUGUUGGACUUUCCAAUGAUUAACUCUGCUACAGUAACUCGCCAGCUUCUGUGUUGUGUUGUUGACAAGUAAUUAAUUACCGGUAAAUAAGAAAAAGCAAUGCCUCCACAUUCAUAAAGUAGCUACUGCUGCAGUUAUUUUUGUUUGGCUCUCAGUUACGAGGUCAUUCUUUAUACAUAAUAGCUAGGAGAAAUAAAGGCAUGCUGAAAGGAACUUAAGUUACAAAAGUGGCUAUUCUGUAUUGUCCACAGUGCUAGAAGAAAUGGAGGCUAGGUUUGACAGACAACGGGGAUCUCGAAGGCACUGGUAU